AUGUUGUCAAGGUGUCGGGUUCUAAAUGCCAAAGAAAGAACUUGGUCUAAACUUUCUCAUCGAUUAUACUCGACUUCUUUGAACCUUGGACCUAAUUAUGAAAUAUCACAAGAGAUUAAAACAAGAGGACCUUGGGUCAUGACCCAGGAUAUUUCUCCAACUGAAAUACGGAAACUAGAUGCUACUCUGGGCUCUCAUAUUCCCAUCCAAGGCUCUUCACAAUCAUCUUUUGCCGUCCCUCCAGGUUACCAUCUUAUAUUCUUCAAUGACAUUUCACAAGAAGCAGAGCUUUCGCCAGAUGGUUAUCAUAAAAGCCAGGCACCGGACGCCACUUUAUUCCCCGCAAGAAUGUGGCUGAAGGGAUCUAUUGAAUUUAAUCACUCAGUGUCGCCACUUAUAACCACCACAGUUGCAUCCGCAAUCGAACAAAUCUCAAAGGUCGACUACAAAGCCAAAUUCACAGAUCCAAACGACCCACUCAGUCAUUGCUCAGAGCGCAUCGAUGUUUCCAUGGAUCGCUAUCUCUAUUCAUCUUCUGUUGCCGAUUUGAACCCCCAUGACGUGAUUAGCUCCGUUCCCUGGGUUAUCAAAGAAAAAAGGUCCUUAGCCUACUUUUCUCCACCUCCAGUUUCAACCGCAUCUUCGCGUGAACAUACCUUCACGCGUAUAAUCACUCCAAGAUACAAAACUGAACCCACUUAUUCCCAUACCUUUACUCCAACAAAUGUAACAUUGUUCCGCUAUUCCGCCUUGACCUUUAAUAGUCAUCGUAUACAUUACGACCCACUUUAUGCCUCUCAAGUAGAAGGGUUACCUGACUGUGUUGUCCAUGGACCCUUCACAGUAUCCUUAGCAUUAGCAUGGAUUUAUAAUUCCGUUCUUCCUCAGAUGAGCAAAACUUUGGGCAAGGACUUGAAAAUUAAAAGAUACUCUUAUAGAAGCUUGCUUCCACUUUUUGUUAAUGAGAAAAUUACGGUCCAUGCUAUGCCUUUGAAUGACAAAACUAAUACUUUUGAUUUAUGGAUGCAAAACCAUAGAGGAUCUCAGUGUACAAGUGGUACAAUUGAAAUAGAAUAA